AUGAUAACUAUAUCAAUAAAUAUUUGCUUUACACUCAUUUUCUUAUUCAGUUUAUCAUUUUAUGAAGUGAAUAGUACUCUAUGUUCUGAUAUAUCUCAAUAUGGUCGAUGUUCAACGAAUAGUGCAUGUGGUUGUUUUCCUAUGAUUGGUGCUGAUAAUGUUGGAAUAUGUGGUUUUCUUUGGGCAAGUUGUUCAACUCUUGAUUUAUGUGAUUCUAUAACUAAUGCUUGUGCUAAAGAUGAACAUAUUUGUAUUCAUCAUUCACGAUGUCAUGCAAAACCUGUUUGUUAUCCAGCAUCAAUGAUUAGUUCACGAGUUUGUCCACCAUUAGCAACAACAAAUACAACAACAACCAGUAUAAUUCCAACUACAACUACUGCUAUAACAAAAAGAUGGUACAAUACCAGUCAAAUGCCUUCACUAGUAAGAGAACAUGUAGCAUCGAUAUUAUUCGAUGGAACAAUUAUGAUUAGCGGUGGACGUGCUGGUCGCACAGCUAUAACAAAUAAAGUUAUUUUAUAUGAUCCAAUAAAUGAAACUUGGAAUACCACAAGUAAUAUGCGAGAUGCACGAUAUAAACAUACAGCAUCAGUCUUAUUACAUGGACAAGUUUUAGUUACAGGUGGAUAUAGUGAUUCAAAAACUUUAGAUAGUGUUGAAUUAUAUGAUCCAUUAACAAGAAAGUGGUCAUCAAUUGAUAGUUUGAUAAAUAUACGAGGAAGUCAUACAGGAACUAUUUUAAUAGAUGGAAAAGUAUUAAUUGCAGGUGGAUAUAAUCGAAUUAAUGGUUCUCUAGCUACUGCUGAAUUGUAUGAUCCAAGAUCAGGUACUUGGACAAUUACUGGUAAAAUGAAAAUAGCACGAAUGGACCAUACAGCAUGUCUUUUAAAAAAUGGAAAAGUAUUAGUGGCAGGAGGUUCGGAUAUUACUGCAGAAUUAUAUGAUCCAGUAACGGAACAAUGGACUGAAACGGGUAGUAUGAAUACCUUACGCAAAGAUCAUACAAUGACAUUGUUGAAUGAUGGACAAGUAUUAGUUACAGGUGGAAAUAAUUCCAGUAGUGCUGAAUUAUAUGAUCCAAUAAGUGGAAAUUGGUCCUAUACUGAUAGUAUGCGUUACGUCAGAAAACAACAUACAGCAACUCUAUUACCUAAUGGAAAUGUCUUAGUUACAGGUGGAUUUGAUACUGAUGCUACAAAUCGAGUGGAAAUUUAUGAUCCAUUAAUAAGAAAAUGGACAACAACUUUUGAAAGAAUGAAUUAUGAACGUUAUAUGCAUACAGCAUCAUUAUUACCUAAUGGAAAAGUAUUAAUUGUUGGUGGAUCUUCUAAGAUUUAUCAUUGGGCUAAUGCAGAAUUAUAUUAUUAA